UUUAUCUCUUCCUAUAGAAGCCAGAUCGCAUAUCUUUGAAACGGAACCAUAGAUUCCCCAAAUCAUUUCUUCGCCACAAAUUAGGACUCCGCUGGGUCUCGAAUUCUCGAUCCUUUCCAUCGACGAACAUUCUCAGACCGCCAUCACCAUCUUCGAUUCAGGUGUUGAAUUAGAACGAAAUGGGUGCAUUUAUAUCGAGAUUUUGGUUCAUGAUGUUCCCUGCGAAGGAGUACAAGAUUGUGGUGGUUGGGUUGGAUAACGCGGGCAAGACCACGACGCUUUACAAAUUGCAUUUAGGAGAGGUUGUCACUACUCACCCUACUGUUGGAAGCAACGUUGAGGAACUUGUCUACAAGAACAUUCGAUUUGAGGUCUGGGACCUUGGCGGUCAAGACAGGCUUAGGACAUCAUGGGCGACAUAUUACCGUGGAACUCAUGCUGUUAUUGCAGUGAUAGACAGCACUGAUAGGGCCAGGAUUGGCAUUAUGAAGGAGGAACUUUUCAGGUUGCUUGGACAUGAGGAUCUUCAACAUUCUGUAAUACUUGUUUUUGCAAAUAAACAAGACCUCAAGGAUGCAAUGAGCCCAGCUGAGAUAACUGAUGCCCUUUCUCUCCACAGCAUCAAGAAUCACGAUUGGCACAUUCAAGCCUGCUGCGCAAUUAACGGUGAAGGGCUCUAUGAUGGUCUUGGGUGGAUCGCUCAGCGAGUUACUGGGAAAGCCCCGAGUUGAUGGUAUGAUAAGUAACUGAUACCCUGCCUUUUCUUUCAGAUUGAGAAAAAAAUGAUGAAAUGGAAACAUCUUUUCUGUGUACCUUUGAGUGUAUGAAUGCUACUCUUCAUCAAAUAUGUAGAUUCUUUUUGUUGAUAUUUCUAUUUGUCUGAAGAAUUUGCGUGUUCUGUGGAAUGAAGCGUUUCCUUAAACAUUUGUCAAUGAGGAAAAAUUUGUUGCUAGAGAA